ACCGCCCAGUCGGGCCACAGAGCGGCCUGCGAGCGAGGACCCCGGCGUACCUCUGCCCGUCACGCCGCGCUUCUGUGCUCCUCGCAUCCCACUCUCCGCUGGACUUGCUGUCGGCGCACUGGGUUCGCAAGCGUUCGCGGACGAGCUCACCUGAGCUCGCUCUCGAGGCGCAAGUGGGGCGCUGGUGAGCAUGUACGGCUCCUCGUGGGACGCCGGAGCGUUCGGCCAGCAGCCACAGCAGCAGCAGCUGCCGGCCGAGCAGCUCCAUCUGCUGCAGCAACAGCACCAGCAGCAGCAGCAGCAGCAGGCGGGCUACUACUUCGAGACGCAUCAGCAGCACCCUUCGCUGCAGCAGCACCAAGCACACGCCGGGCCAAGCUCGCUCCGCGGCAAGCCUGAGUAUGCGCAGCACGCUGCUCACGCUCACGACAGCUUCGAGGACCGCUCGUCGCGCUCCGGACAGCAGCAGCAAUACGGCAUGCCGCCGUCGUCGCUCGGUCUCGACCCAGGAGCACGGUUGGAGCCCAGCCUGGAGUUUGGCAUGGGCUUCCAGCCUGACCUUGCUGCCUACUCCAACCUGGCCGGGCCGCAGUCACAUGACAGCUUCGCACACCCCAGCUUCGCUGGCCUCGCGCCGAACGGCGACGGCCAGCAGCAGCAGCGCUACGCACAGCACGACGCACGACUGCAGCCUCAGCAGGCGCAUGCGCUGCAGCAAGGGCCAGCGACGAACGGUGUCGGUGGGCACAACGACGCCUCGUCGUGGGCCGGGUCCUGGUCAGACGUCUCCGGCAUGUCACAGAGCGGCUGUGCGCAUCAGUUUGCCAGCUCGUCAAGCUCGUCCUCUCUGGCCGGUGCGCCACAACGCCCGCACGGACCCGGCGCGCUAGACUUUGCAGGUGUCGAGAGCGGCAGCUCGGCCAGCGGCGCCUCGCACGUGGGCUCGAGCCACGGCGGUGGCUCGCAGCCAUGGCACACAGCUGCUGGUGGACCAGGCACGCGUCCGCCGCAGGCUGCUCGCUACCCGGAGCAACAGCAGCACCUUCAGAUGCAGUCGUCGGGCUGUGGCAACUCGUCACCGGCCGGGUCCUCGCGCCCGCAAUCUAUGCGUGCGAGCAGCUCGUCGUCUGCUGUGCCGCAAGUGUAUCACUUCGAGGCGCACAACGGCGCGCCUUCUUUCCAGGGCCACGUGGACGCCGGCGCCGGAGCCAGCUUCGGCCAGCAUACCAACGGCACCUCGUCGAUGAACGCGCACGCUGCGCAUCUCGACGACGCCCAGUCUCUCGGCGUCGGUCUGCCGAGUCAGCAGUCCGUGUCGCCAUUGUCAGUGGCUACGGCGAGGUUCGACGCCAGCCCGAGCGCAUCGUCGCUCUCUGGCGCCUUCUCGCAGCGCACGAGCCGCUCCAGCAGCCAAAGCGGCCCACAGCCAGCCUUGACGGCCUUCACGCCGAACAGGGCUGAGCCGCAGCGCCGUGGCGCCAAGCCCGGCGAGGCCGGCGGCAUGCCUGUGCAGGGCCUCGGCGUCCAGGCUGGUCCGAGGAUGAGUGCCGGAGCAGCAGCUUCCGAGCCGCGCGGCAUGCCUUCGCACUACUCGUCGCCCGACUUCAACACCAGAGCGCUGCAGACUGAGGAGCCACAGUGGCAGAGCCUCGGCACCACUCCAGCCGCUGGCAACGUGCACUGGGUCGACGCCGCGCGUCAGCAUGCACCUGGUGUCGCCCAUGGCCUGUCUGCAUUCAGCAACGGCUCUGACGCGCAGCGCGAGCUGUCGUACGCAGACCAUGCCCUUGCCGCCAGUAUGGCUGCCGGCGCUCACAUCAGCGCCGGCCAGGGCCAGCGCGAGCGUGCAGGCAGCGCCGCUGCUGCCAUAGGUCCGUCCGUCGGCGGCAGCAGCACGCCCACGAUCAUGGAGGAGGACGAGCCGCUGCUGAGCUUCCAGCAGCAGCCUGGCUUCGACGUCGCGCCGCAGCAACAGGCGCAGCAGCAGGCGUUCCCGCGACCGGCUCAUCAGAGCAUCUUCCAGCUCGGCCCGUCGGCACAUCACGGACUGGGCUUCGAAGGCUCGCAGAUGCAUUCUCAGAUACCGGCGUCGCAGCAGCAGCAAGCGACUGCGCCCGCCUUUCUGCGGUCCACGUCGGAUCAGACGCACGUCGUCUCCCAGCAGCAGCUACUGCAGCAGCAGCACGGGCCGUACAGCUCGCCGACUGGACCGCACGCAGCACCGACGUCGCAGCGAGACUCGAGCGCACAGCAUGGCAGUGGCGCCGCUGCAGGCCGUGAUCGAGCAAGCAGCGACGCGACGCCCACCGGCUCGACCGAGGUCCAGCGCCCAUAUCGGCCGGCGGUGCGGCCGUCGACAUUCCUGCAAGCAUCGUUCCUGCGCAUGGGCGACGACGUCAACUCGCCGACGCCGGGUGGCACGCAGCCGGAGCUCGCCGACUGCACGUCGUUCAUCAGGCGUCCGCUCGAGAACUACCUGACGGCUGUCAGCCGCCUGGGCCUCGGUGAGCGCACGGUGCUCAUCAUGACGAGCAAGGUGGCGCAGAAGAGCUACGGCGUCGAGAAGCGCUUCCUCUGCCCGCCGCCGAUGGUGCUCCUCAUCGGCAGCAGCUGGUGGAGUGCGUGCAAGAACGACGCGCCCGCGCCGUUCGGCUUCAUCGAGGGCCAGUCGGAUCAGGCGCCCACCUCUCUGGCGCCGCCGCGCCUGCAGAUUGCCAUCAGUGGCGAGUCGCACUCGCAAGAGGGUGCGCUCGAAUGGGGCUCGAGCAGCGGCAGGCUGAUCGACGUCGGCAACCCGUCCUCGGAGAUGGCCAUCAGCGGCCGCUGCAUCGGCCGGCAGCUGUACAUCACCGACCUCGACGAGAAGCGCCGCUACUGCGAGGCCGUCGUCAACGUCUCGGUGCCUGGCAACACAGUCUCCGAGCGCCAUCUGCUGGGCUCGUUUGCGAGCAAGCCGAUCAAGGUCAUCAGCAAGCCGAGCAAGAAGCGGCAGAGCUCGCGCAACGCUGAUUUGUGUGUCAACCACGGCACAACGAUUUCGCUAUUCCAUCGCCUGCGCUCGCAGACGGUCUCGACGCGCUACCUCUGCGUGUCAGGCGCGCCGACGUGGUUCAAGGGAUCGGACGGGCAGCCCUUCGUCACCCAGGCGCAAGACGCAUACCUGCCGGACCGCCUCGACCCGCCGUCGCAGUUCGUGGCCAAGAUGUCCUCGUGGGAUCCCUUCGUCAUCUACCUGGUCGAUCCGACGAAGAGCAGCGACGCCUCGACGGACAGCGAUCUGCCGCCGCCCGUGCCAGGCUACCCUCCGCCGCCUUCGAACGCGCUGCCGUGUGGCCCGCAAGGCAGCGCAGCGACGCCGAUCUACUACAACCAACCGGUGGUCCUGCAGUGUCUGCACACUGCCGUCGUUAGCCCGAUCAUGGUCAUCAGGCGCGUCGACAAGGGCACGACAGUGAUGGGCGGCAGCCAGGCGCCGCCUGGCCCGCAUGGUGCGCCGAACGCGAGCCGAGAAGCUCCGGGUGAUCCGGUGUCGCAGCUGCACAAGAUCGCUCUUGAGGUGCUGGAGGAUGCCAAUGCGCCGGCGCCUGUCGCGGGCGCGCGCGGUGCCAUGGGUGAGAUGCUGCCACCAGGCCAGAGCGGACCGUUCCUGGCAUGCCUCAAUGAGAGCGUCGGCAUGCGCAAGGCCGACGAGCCGCGCCGCUGGGUGCCUAACGCAGGCUACUCGACGCCCUCGACGCCUCUGACGCCGAUGCUCUACCCUGCGCCCGACGUCGCGCCGCUGGAGGACAGCAAGAUGCACGUGCUCGGCACGCCGCCGACGAGUCCGAUGAGCAUGGCUGCUGCGUACGCCGCAGCUCAGACGCAGCACUCAAUGCAGCAGGCGCGGCACUACUCCAACGUGCCUUCCGGCUCGACGUCUGGCUCCUCGGCAGGAGGCGCGAUGGAGCCGCCGCCGUCGUCUGAUGGCGGCAAAGUGAAGCGUCCGCGUCGAGUCUCGUCAUCAGUGGUGCACCAGCAGAAGGAGCGCCUGGCUGCCAACACUGCUGCAGCGAAGAACCGCCGCCGCGGACAGUCGAUGUCGACGGUCGCACAGAUGCAACAGCUGGCUGGCAGCGCAAGCUCGUCGGCUCACGUGCCCGCCAGCGGCCUCGAGGCAGAGAUGCUGCGUCGCACCGGCUCAUUCGCGCAUUCGAUCUCCAACUCGGAGUCGUCCACGGGUGGCGUGCCGCUCAGCGCUACGUGGUCUGUGGACGUGUCCGACUCAGACGUCUGGACCGUCGUCGGCACCGACGUCGCACGCCACACCUUCUACAUCCCGCCGCGCAUCGUCGGAGGCUCGCGCCCCAAGGCGCCGGCCAUGGACAGCAGCGUGACGCACCUCAUCACCGUGCCUGCACCUCGCACCUCGCUCUCGCCGCUGCCAGUGCUCACCAGUUUCAUCGCCGCCAACGCAAGCAGCGAGGUGACAGGCGCGAUGACCUCGCGCGGCACUCCCACAACUGCCGUGUUCGGCAGCAGCGCGCCCGGCGGUGCUGGCAGUGGCAAGGUGCCGUCGUCCGCGGCUGCAGCAUCCGCCGCGGCGGGCGGCGCGAACUUCGUGACGCUCUUCGGCGAGAACUUCAGCAAGGACCUCUUCGUGUACUUCGGCGACUGGCGCAGCGAGCAGGUCGAGGUGCAGUCGUCGACGACCAUCCUCUGUGCGCCUCCGCCGGUGCUCGACCCCGAGGCGGGCACGGCGCGAGGCAAGGUGCCGAUUCUCUUCGUGCGGCACGACGGCAUCGUCUUCCCGACGAACAGCUACUACACUGCUCGCUGAGUAGUGUCUGGCCGACUGUGACCGCACCUGAUGCGCGCCGCCGACCGUAUCCUUCUCCUUCUCCCCGACCUUCCACA